AAAUAUCCGAACGAUGCGCGCGCCACUCAGAGUUUUUAGAACCACUAGCCACGUCCUAACUUCAUGGCAGCGGUGUCUUGUUUAGAUCUGUUAAAAAUAUAUAUUUUAUCAAGAUAAAUAAUAUUUCUACUUUUUUAUCCACCACAAAAUAAUUAACAAUGCCUCUGAGACUGGACAUAAAACGCAAAUUGACCGCAAGGUCUGACAGAGUAAAGAGUGUCGAUCUCCAUCCAACAGAACCCUGGAUGUUAUGUUCACUUUACCAAGGAAAUGUAAACAUCUGGAACCACGAGACACAGACACUGGUAAAAACCUUUGAAGUAUGUGAUCUUCCGGUGAGAACAUCAAAAUUUGUACCCAGGAAAAAUUGGGUUGUCACUGGUUCAGAUGAUAUGCAAGUUCGCGUGUUUAAUUACAAUACAUUGGAACGUGUACAUUCAUUUGAAGCACACAGUGAUUAUGUCAGAUGUAUUGCCGUACAUCCAACACAACCUUUUAUACUUACAAGCAGUGAUGACAUGUUAAUAAAACUGUGGAAUUGGGAAAAAUCAUGGCGUGGACAGCAAAUAUUUGAGGGACACACUCAUUAUGUGAUGCAAGUAGUGUUUAAUCCAAAAGACAACAACACAUUUGCAAGUGCAUCACUCGACAGAACAGUUAAAGUCUGGCAACUUGGGUCGUCAAAUGCCAAUUUCACUCUUGAAGGUCAUGAGAAAGGAGUCAAUUGCGUUGAUUAUUAUCACGGAGGUGAUAAACCGUAUUUGAUAUCUGGUGCUGAUGACAGAUACGUCAAAAUAUGGGACUACCAAAACAAAACAUGUGUGCAGACUCUUGAAGGACAUACACAAAAUAUAUCUGCAGUAUGCUUCCAUCCCGAGCUUCCGAUUGUUUUAACGGGUUCCGAAGACGGGACGGUGAGAAUAUGGCAUGCGGGUACUUACAGAUUAGAAUCCUCACUCAACUAUGGGUUCGAGCGGGUCUGGACUAUUUCCAGUAUGCGUGGGUCCAACAAUGUGGCGAUAGGUUACGACGAAGGGAGCGUGAUGAUCAAAGUUGGAAGAGAAGAGCCGGCCGUGUCAAUGGACUCGAUGGGUGGUAAAAUUGUUUGGGCGAGACAUAGCGAAAUACAGCAGGUUAAUUUGAAAGCUAUGGGAGAAGAAGUACAAGAUGGAGAGCGUCUGCCAUUAGCAGUCAAAGAUAUGGGCGCGUGUGAAAUUUAUCCUCAGACAAUCCAACACAAUCCCAAUGGACGUUUCCUGGUCGUCUGCGGGGAUGGAGAAUACAUUAUUUAUACUUCAAUGGCGUUGAGAAACAAAGCUUUUGGCCAAGCUCUGGAGUUUGUUUGGGCUGCUGAUUCUAGUCAGUAUGCUGUCCGUGAAAGCUCGUCAGUUGUUAAAGUAUUUAAGAACUUCAAGGAAAAGAAAGCUUUGAAACCAGACUUUGGUGUUGAUGGAAUAUUUGGUGGAUUCCUUUUGGGAGUUUCAUCAGUCUCUGGGCUGUCAUUCUUUGAUUGGGAAAACCUAAGACUCAUAAGACGUAUCGACAUUCAACCGACCCAUGUUUACUGGGCUGAAAAUGCAUCACUGAUAGCUCUCGCUACCACCGAUCAGUACUUUAUACUCAAGUACCACAGCGAGAUAGUUGCAAACGCCGACGAGAAUGCCGAAGAUAUCGAAGACGCAUUCGAAAUGGUUGCGGAAAUGAGUGAAGUAGUAAAAACCGGUUGCUGGAUCGGAGACUGUUUCAUCUACACUAACAGUGUAAAUCGCAUAAAUUACUUCGUUGGUGGGGAAGUAGUAACUAUUUCCCAUCUAGACCGUCCCAUGUAUCUCCUUGGAUACGUUCCCAAAGACAAUCGUCUGUAUUUAUGUGACAAAGAAUUAGCAAUAGUGUCUUACUCACUCUUACUCUCGGUCCUGGAGUACCAGACGGCGGUUAUGCGCAAAGACUUCGAGACAGCUGACCGCGUUCUGCCGACAGUACCCAAAGAACACCGUACUAGAGUAGCUCAUUUCCUGGAGAAACAAGGAUUCAAACGACAAGCGCUCGAAGUCUCCACGGAUCCCGAGCACAGAUUCGAGCUCGCUUUAGCCCUUGGUGAUCUUGAGACCGCGCACACUCUCGCCAAAGAAGCCAGCAGCCAACAAAAGUGGCAACAAUUGGCCUCACUCGCCACUCAGAAAGGAAAAUUAAGACUUGCACAAGAAUGUCUACACCACGCACAAGAUUUUGGUGGGUUACUAUUACUGGCAACAAGUACUGGCAAUGCCGGAAUGAUUGAAAAACUCGGACAAGCUGCCGAUGAAAGUGGAAAAAAUAAUAUAUCAUUUUUGUCAAACUUCCUGCUGGGCAAAGUCGACGAUUGUCUUGAAAUUUUAAUAAAAACUGAUCGCAUUCCCGAGGCUGCGUUCUUUGCACGUGCUUAUGCUCCCAGUAAAGUAUCAUACGUCGUUAAACUGUGGAAAGAUAAAUUGUCUGCAGUUAGUGAAAAAGCCGGUCAAAGUUUAGCUGAUCCAGAACAGUACGAAAAUCUGUUCCCAGGUUACAGAGAAGCGCUAAAGGUCGAAGAGUACUUGCGAAAUGAGUAUAAAACAAAAAUACCAGCAUCGCAAUUCUCAUCAUUGCCGUUAAAUAUCGAACGAAAAGCAGCAGAAGAAAUGCUUGCCAGUGAACAAAAUGUUCACGAAAAUGAGACGGAUGAUGAUAAAAAAGCCGAUUAUUUAGCCAGCAGGUUACAGGGGCUUGACAUAGAUCAUGCCGACGCCCAGUCGAUGAAACCUCUCGUGCCCGAAAAAGUCACGGUUCCCACGAGUACGUCACGACCGCUGACCGUAGAGGACGAGGACCUGGACCUAGAUCUUGAGCUGGACGAGAAUAUCGACACUACUGAUGUCAAUCUCGAUGAGGAUCUGCUCGGCGAGGAUUAAUAAUAAAAUAUUGUUAUAAUUUUUUAUAAAAACGACAUCCUUAAUAUUAUUUUUUACGGUAAUUCCUCAGCAUUUUAUCUGUCAUUUAAGUAUUAAAAUUGAACCGACAAAUAUGGGAGGAAGGAAAAUAAAUUAAUAGAAGAGGAUAAUAAUAAUUGUAAUAUUAAAAAAAAAUUAAUAGUUCUUUUUACAUAUGCACAUUUUUAUCGUCUUUAAUUAAUCAAUUAUGUGGUAUUUAGUAAUAAUUACCAUUAGUACAUAAGUAUAAUUGUUAAUAUAAAAUUAUAAAUAAAUAUACAAACAAUGUCUAACAUUUA